UAACUGCCGCUCCGUGUUAAACUCGCGUUUCAGCAGACAGACAACAAAGGGGAUAGAUAAUAAAGAAGAAGAAGAAAAGAAGAAAAGGUUUGGCCCCUCCUCCUCCUCUUCGAACAACUGCAUAUAUGCAUGAACUAGAACGUUUUUGAACGCAGCAUUUUCGCGAUUCUUCACUCUUGAUCCAUCUUUGAUUCCUCGUUUCAAACCAAACCCUCUAUUUCAUACAUCUCUCCAACUUCGAAUCGCUCUCGAACCCUUGAAUUUCGGACGAUUUGAGAAACACCCAUCUGUUUUAAUUUUCGAAUCAAUUGAGAAAAGACUGGUUUACAUUUCGUCAUGACCGAUGGCGACCUUCAAAGUUGGUUUUUGAUGUAAUAUGGGACUCGCCCUUAUUCACAAAAAUUAUGUCGCUUUAUAUUGGUCGCGAGUCUUCCAAGUUAUGGAAGAGACUAUGCUCUGAAGUUACAACAGAAAUCAACCUUCUUCUUGAAAAUUGGAAAUACCUUCUUGCUGGAAUUGUGUUUCAGUACAUUCAUGGGCUUGCUGCUCGAGGAGUUCAUUAUUUUCACCGGCCGGGUCCAAUUCUUCAGGAUAUUGGUUUUUAUCUUCUACCAGAACUUGGGCAGAAAAAUGCUUAUAUCAGUGAGACAGUGUUCAAUUUUGUAUUUCUAUCAUUUGUCCUGUGGACUUUUCAUCCCUUCAUCUUUAAGACCAAAAAGAUCUAUACAGUUCUGAUUUGGUGCAGAGUUCUGGCUUUUCUAGCUGCUUGUCAAACGCUUCGAAUUUUGACAUUUUAUUCCACUCAACUUCCUGGGCCAAAUUAUCAUUGUCGAGAGGGCUCAGAGUUUGCCACACUACCUCCUCCAGAGAAUAUUUUGGAGGUUCUGGUGAUAAUGCCUCGAGGCAUAUUGUAUGGUUGUGGAGAUCUGAUAUUUUCAUCACAUAUGAUCUUCUCUUUAGUAUUUGUGCGCACAUAUCAGAAAUAUGGUACACGAAGGUUCAUAAAGCAAUGUGCUUGGUUAAUUGUCGUUAUCCAAAGUUUAUUGAUUGUGGCAUCCCGAAAACAUUACACUGUCGAUGUCAUGGUGGCAUGGUAUACUGUUAAUUUGGUGGUGUACUUUGUUGACCACAAAUUACCAGAACUUCCUGACCGAACUGGAGCAGCAGCAUUCAUGCUGCCAAUUAUCAAAGAAAGCCGAUCAUUAAAGGAAGAGAAUCACAAGCUUCUCAAUGGAAAUUCCGGAGAGCCAAUCGAUAGGAGAUUAAGAAAUCCAGUGAAUGGUAAGAUUCUUGAAGAUGGAAGCAAUGGUCAUGUUGAAACAGCCAUGAAUAAUGGGGUAUAAAAAUAAAUAUGCAUUCUUGGAUUGCUUCCCCAAAGACAGAAGACAUGUGGAUGACAGGUAUUGGCAUAUUGCCAAAAGGAUUUGACAGCUUAGAGAUAGAUAGAUCUCACAUGGGAAAUUCCUUUUUUUCCAGUUUCAAUCGCUUUUAAAUCAAUGUUUGCAGCAAAGCUUCCGAACUAUUAUUGAUGAUGCUCUAAUCUUUAAUUGAACAAACUUUUCAAGCUCAUAAAUGUGUAUAUGGGUAAAGUUUUUUU